AUGAAGGGGUCCCAACACUCCUCCUCGGCCAAGAGGAUUCAGAAGGAGCUGGCCGAGAUUAGCCUUGACCCGCCUUGCAACUGUUCUGCUGGUCCAAAAGGGGACAAUAUUUAUGAGUGGGUGUCGACCAUUGUUGGACCAUCAGGGUCGCCCUAUGCCGGUGGCGUAUUCUUCCUCGAUAUUACAUUUCCACAUGAUUAUCCAUUUAAGCCACCAAAGAUUGUCUUCCGCACGCGCAUCUACCACUGCAAUGUUAAUAGCCAGGGCCAAAUUUGCUUGGACAUACUUAAGGACCAGGCAAGUGCUUGGAGCCCGGCGCUGACAAUUUCCAAGGUGCUCCUCUCCGUUUGCUCCCUCCUCACGGACUGCAACCCGAACGACCCUUUGGUUGGCAGCAUUGCCCAGCAAUAUUUGACUGACCGAGAUGCGCAUGAUCGCACGGCCGCGGAGUGGACCAAGCGCUACGCGCAGGGCUAAGGCGUGUCAUGGAAGCUUAUCUGGAGUGGGGCAGGGUUGGCCGGGAGGAAGUCUUGUUGCAAAAGUGUGUUUGUUUGCGUCGGGCUGUUCACGUGCCGGCAAGUGCCCGGCGCUCAGCAGUGCUCGUACGCUCGUGGAGUUUGGGCCACGCCAAUGCAGAUAGCAUGUAUGAAGGCAGGAUUUUUCGGUUUUCACCCUAGUGCGUUUUGCCCGGGUUAAACGUAUCCUUCGGGAAUGAAUGCGGGUUCUUUAGCAUUAGCAGAGUUCUUCGGAUGUGUAGGCUGUAGUGGAUAUUUUAGUUUUAGAUACCUUGGCGAAAUGGCGCCAGAAGGGACCUUUAAAAUUGUACGUAGCUGUCCGGUUUGGAGUCGAUGAUGCGGUUGAGCAGUCCGCUGCUCGUAAAUGUAGGCUGUGGUGGUCUUGAAAUUAGGACCAUGCCGGAUCACGUACUUACUGUACAGAAUGUCAGGACUUCGUAUUAGUUGUAUGGCUAGCGAGGUGUGAGGCUAGCGUUUCCACGGGCUGCAGCUACUGGCCGAUGCAACGGGGCCGCGCUCCGGGAAUGGUCAGGUAGUUGUCAAUGUGGAAAUUCAUAAGUGCUCGUUUGCACAUGUAUAAGGAUGGGUUUUCUAAGCAUGCCCCGUUCCAUGUCACCAAAAAUUCUCGUUACCCUGCAUACACUGCAUCGCCUGCAAAAAUGCUAUGGAAUGGAAAGUCGCAUCAUUCGCACGUAUAGACGGAUGCAUGUUGUGCCACCAAACAAUAGAUACCAUACAGGCCUACCUGUUGAACGUACAUCAUGGGGUUCAUAUGGAGUGUUGAUAACUGAAAUCCUGAACAUGUGCCCGACGGCCAGCGCGAGCUUCAGUGAGCUAAUUUUCCUAACUUCUGUCAGGGGAACUCACCACAGGUAAGAUACACCUUCAUGUACCUAGCCACCAUGAAACGGACAACAAAUCUCUUGUUGCAGUGGGAGGAACUAAUCUCUUGUAACCCGAACGCAACAAGAGCCCCAAGUGUGUGGGGCUGCGCCGUGCAACAGGACCUGUUCCUACAACUCAAAUGAGCCAAUAUACAGAAUGUACGCGGCGUAUCAACCGAAGCGAGGAUGCAAAUCACCAACCCCUGCAGAUUCCACACGUGUGUCACCGUACAGGCCGCCUCCACGACAGCUGCAAGGGAGUUUUUUCGCCAACAUGCAACAUUCC